GAGGGCGCGGCCGAGGGCGAGGGCGGGGCCGCCGGCCCUUUAAACCCCCGGGGCCGCUCGGAGGGCCGCAGCCGGGACGGCGCCUCGCGGGGCUGGACAGCGCGCCGCAGCCGCUGGGCGCUCCGGGGAGGCCGGGGCAGUUGAUGGUUUUGGCGAAGUAUCUUAAGGUAGCUGGGACUGCCCCCCUCUUCCCCACCUACCUCUUGUCAUCCCUCCCACACCACUACAACCCUGGCUCCCCUCCCUCAUGACCGCCUGGAUCCUCCUCCCGGUCAGCUUAUCAGCAUUCUCCAUCACUGGCCUAUGGACUGUGUAUGCCAUGGCCGUGAUGAACCGCCACGUGUGCCCUGUGGAGAACUGGUAUGGCGUAUUCUGCAGACAGCCUCACUCUAAAGCUCCCUUCAUCUCUGUUCCCUCUUGGGCCGGGGCUGCUGCGAGCCAGACGGAGACGCGGGGUCACUGCUCUUCUCUGACAUUGGCGCGCCUGCCCCCCAGGUCCUACAACGAGUCCUGCUCUCCUGACCCUACUGAGCAAGGGGGUCCCAAAAGCUGCUGCACCCUGGACGAUGUCCCCCUCAUCAGCAAGUGCGGCACAUAUCCCCCAGAGAGUUGCCUCUUCAGCCUCAUUGGCAACGUGGGUGCUUUCAUGGUGGCCCUGCUCUGCCUCCUGCUCUACGGGCAGCUCCUGGAGCAGAGUCGGCAUUCCUGGAUUAACACCACAACACUCAUCACAGGCUGCACCAACGCUGCAGGCCUCGUGGUGGUUGGAAACUUUCAGGUGGAUCAUGCCAAGUCUCUGCACUACGUGGGAGCUGGUGUGGCCUUCCCCGCCGGGCUGCUGUUUGUCUGCCUGCACUGUGUCCUCUCCUACCACGGAGCCGCCGCCCCUCAGGACCUGGCUAUGGCCUACCUGCGGAUUGUGCUGGCAGCCAUCGCCUUUGUCGUCCUGAUCCUCAGCGGCGUCUUCUUCAUCCACGAGAGCUCUCAGCUGCAGCACGGGGCAGCCCUGUGCGAGUGGGUGUUUGUCAUCGACAUCCUCAUUUUCUACGGCACCUUCUGCUAUGAGUUUGGGGCCGUCUCCUCAGAGACACUGGUGGCUGCGUUGCAGCCUGCUGGGCGGGCCUGCAAGUCCUCCGGGAGCAGUAGCACCUCCACUCACCUCAACUGCGCCCCCGAGAGCAUCGCCAUGAUCUGAGGGCUGGGGAGGGCGGCUGGCCCAGCCCCCAGUACUCCCCACGUCUUCUCUGCAUUCAUUUUGUACCAAAAACAAUUUUGAGAAAGUAUUCGGUUGGGAUAUAGGCUUCCUCACUCUUGGAAGAGUGGCCAUCCCACAUCCACCUGUGCCAUAGAGGAGCGGGCCCUGGCAGCUCCCCACUCCAAUACUGUCUUUAUGUUUAAAGGUCACACAUCCUCAGUCACCCAGCCACCCUUCAGGUGCCUUCGUACCCAGUGCCGAGGUCAGACCACUGGGUUUCCUGCUGCAGGAACUGGGGGCUGGGAACAGCAAGAGGGAGAGUGAUGGGGGGUGGGGGGGAGGGUGAGCACACCUUAGUCUGUGGGAAGGCCCACUUUGGGGCCUACUGACCUGCACUGGGAUUCUUCACUCUGCCCCUUAUAUUCUUUAGGGCAAGUAGCACAGCAGAACCAUGUGGGAAUUUUAGUACUUUUUUAUAUAUAUAUAUAUCUAUUAAAAUAAUUCUGAUUUG